AUGGUUGGUCAUGUAGCAGACUUUGGUAUAGCUAAAUUCCUCCCAGUAGAAAAUAUUUCAGGGAAUCAAUCUAGCUCUACCGCUGUGAAAGGAACCCUUGGUUACGCAGCUCCAGAGUACGGAUUAGGAAGUCAGCCAUCGCCAUCUGGUGAUGUUUACAGCUUUGGAAUCGUCCUGCUGGAGAUGUUUAUUGGAAAGCAGCCUACCAAUGACUUGUUUGAAGAUGGUCUUACCCUUCAAAAUUUUGUCAAGGCAUCUUUGCCAGAUUGUGUAGUAGAGAUCAUGGAUCCAGCACUAGUAUAUUACAACUGGAAACGAACAAAAUCAAAGGAUCCACGAAAUGACGGGUGCCUGAUUUCUGUAUUCGAAAUAGGAUUGAUGUGUUCUGUUGACAUGGCAAGAGAAAGAAUGCGUAUCAGCGAUGUUGUUAGCAAGCUACACUACUGUAGACAUAAAAAAAUAACAAAAUAA